GAAGCGUGAAAUUGUACCAUGAAAUAGGAUACGAUGUUGAUUAUACCAUGAUCUUCCUGAUAAAGCAAGCAGUACAGCUAUCUUCAAAUGAAAGAAAAUGGCCGAAGGAUCGGGUCUGCCUUUCUUGCGCAUAACCGUUCUAGGACUCGGCAACAGUGGGAAAACGUCGCUCAUCAACAGCUACAUCAAUAAGCACUGUCCCACUGUGUAUCAGGAGACUGCAGAUCCAGUGCUUUAUUACUUAUGAUUGGUUUUGGUGCACCAUCCAUUCUUGGCCUUACCAAGUCUAGCUACGUGUUGAAACCGAUCAUGAGACAGAGUAAGCAUCUCGGUUAUUCUGAUCAGUUACUUGCUUAUUUCAGUUUUUCGAAUGCAACUAAGCUGAGUGCUAAGCUCAAGACAGUAGAGGAGGCAAUCUCAUCAUCCACGGAGCCAUCGUACAAAUCCAUCCUCCUCACUUUCAUAUCCGAAGAGUAUCCGCAUUCAAAGUGAAGACGAUGAGGAUGCGAAAGCGGCUUUUCGCGCGUUGCUUGAAAUUGAGGACACCUACUCCAGUUUCCGUGGCGAUGGCAAGUCCUACGGAAUCCCAAGAGACAUCAAUUAUGAACCAAGAACUGCUCGAACUGUUCUGAGUUUACAGUUCAAGCUAGAUCAGGAGGAAAGCGUGAUUCCGAAUCUGAUUGGUUGAUUACGGCAUGAUCCCAAAGAAGGGCAUCUUCAAUGGCGAACUACUACUGUAGCUUACGCCAUUUUUAAGGUCUCAGCUCUUCAAGCGCUGCACUUUCCCUAUUGAUUCUCUUACCUCACUGUUACUGUUAACAUAUUACUGGUUGUUCCCUCUAUCGUCUAAUCUCCGCACUUCCUUGACAUGACACGGCAGGAGGACUCAUCGUUGAAAAAGCAGCUUACUGCGCUGAACGUAGCGAAAGCAGGUGGUGGCGGCGUGAGGCCCUUUAGCAACUUCGUCUGUCCAAGGUCAGACCAAUACAGGCCAUUGACGAAGUUAAGAAUCAGUUGGGUUCACUACUACUACUACUACUAGCUAAACGCAGUAUAGCAGAGGACCUGUUUUCUUUUCAUAGAAGAUUGAUUCGGUCCUUGUAGUUUAUCUUUAUCUAUCACUUACCCCAAAUUUUUUUUUUCAGGACCUAUGGACUCCACCUCUCGCACCAUCUACAGCGUCCUCAAGCUCAAAUUUCUUCACUCAGAACCUAUGGACUUCACUUCUCGCACUAUCUCUAGUAUUCUACGCCAGCUCUUCUAAAACCCGGCCGUAUGGGUUUCCUCAUCGUUUUUGACGCCAACGACACGAAGAGCUACGAGGAAGCUUUGAAUCUCCACGUCUUAUUGCAGGACGAUCUAAAGCGGAAAAAGAUAAAGCUGGAACCUGUGGUUUACCUUGUCGCAAACAAAAUCGACAAGGACCCACAAAGCGAGACAUAUUGUCAAAUCAUCUUAUGAAAAAAUUCUUAAAAUCAUGUCGAAGAAGAAUAUGAAUACUGUGAAUGAAAGGUUGAUUACAGAGUCUUCUAGUAAAGGAACUACAACAGCAAGGCCCAAUUAAAUCUUCUAGGAAUCCUUUACCUAGCUAAUUAUCUUCUAGUAAAGGAACUAGAUUUUUGAGUUUAGAUUGCAUUGCCCUACAUUAAGACUAGUAAAGGAUUGCCCAACCUAAUCUUCUAGUAAAGGAACUACUACGAACUGUUUUUGACAAAAGUAAAAGCAUUGAUUGUUCCACAAGUACUAGAGCCUGCCACCACCUACCACUGCCCCGUGGAGCACCCUUUCAUCCUCUGCCUCAGCCGAGCUUUAUUCGAAGGAGAAAAUGAUUCGUUUUUGGCAGGUUUCGGCUCUGGAGAGCAUCAGGGUGAAAAAGAUGUUCCGAGAAAUGGUAGCGAAAAUUCGUAGUAAUCAAAUGCUGUGGUUAGAAGACAGUGGACCGCCACCGGCUGAUGAUGCUGACGGCGCAGAAGAUCCACAGAAAGACUGCUGUGUGCAAUGACGACAUUGAAGAUUUACGUUGUUUGUUGAACAGAAUCAUUCAGAGACGAAGGAGAUCUCAUAGAGAGACCUCAUGAAGCUUCAUGAUGAAAAAGAGUUACUUAAGGACACAGGCUUCAUGAUGAAAAAGAGUUACUUUUAAGUACACAGAGAGUCCCUCGCAGCGACAACCUGUCAUAUUGUGAUUUGUGAAAGAUUCAGAUUUUUGUACUGUCAUUUUUUCCAGUUGUGGACCCGAUGGGACCUAUUAUGACAAUGAUAGCCUGAAGGGCUGUUUUUCUGUUCCGAAUCUGAUGUUGAGAAGAACUAACCAUUUCUCUCCAUCGAUCUGCCUCGCACGCACAAAAAUGAUGAACCUUUUAACUAUCAUCUUUCGGGUCUGAUACCGAAUGAGGAUAUGUUACAUCUUACUUUCGUUCUACUGAUGUGUGUGACGAAGGCAGAUCGGAUCGACAGGAAAUUGGAAGUUGUCUCAAGGAUCCACGGGAAGUUGGAAGUUGUCUCGAGGACAGAGAUCAAUUGGAA